GAAAUAUGUUGAUAUUGAAGAUGGAUUUGAAGGGGAUAAUGUUUCUCCCUUGCUGAAUAAUAUUCAGCAAACUUUCAUAAAAAAAGGCAUGAUUUCCUGCACUGGUUUAUGCUGGUGAGAAUUUUCUACAUUGCAAACUCUCUCUCUCUCCAAAAAUGGCGUCUAAAUGGAUCCUCUUCGUGUUAGCUUUUGCGGUCUUGGUUACAAGAAUGGUCUCGUCAACGAGAGACGUGGAAAAUAUCGAAACCGAGAACAACGACCACCACCACCACCACGAGCAUGCCAGAGCACCGGCUCAUGCCCCCGUCCACACUCCACUACAUGGACCGGCUAAGGCCCCCAUCCAACACCACCACCACGAGCAUGCCAUAGCACCGGCUCAUGCCCCCGCCCACCACCACCACCACCACGAGCAUGCCAGAACACCGGCUCAUGCCCCAGUCCACACUCCACUUCAUGCACCGGCUAAGGCCCCCAUCCACCUCCCGAAGAAGGCCCCUGCUCACGCACCGGCUAAAUCCCCUGCUCACUCACCACCAAAGGCAUCUGCCUCUGCACCAAUCCCUCCGCCACAUGGUUGUGUGGCGCAAUGUGCAUCAUACUGCAAGCCGGUUAGCCCGAAGAGGCCCUGCAUGAAGACUUGUACCAUGUGCUGUGCCAAGUGCAAAUGUGUGCCUGGUUUCACAAAGUGCAGCAACUGGAACAGUGUGGAAAUCCGCGGCCAUCUCGUCAAGUGCCCUUGAAACCCCGACUUGAGUUUUUUCUACUUCGUUGUCAUCUUCCUCGUCUUACCUCUUACGCUUCUCUGUGUCACUUACAAUCGUGUACCCACUGCUGUGACAAGAUCAAAAAUCAAGGCCAGAAAGGUUUUUGUAUGCUAUCAGCUAAGUUUCAUUGCAUUGACAAUUUUUUCUGUGUCAUGGCCUUAUUCUCUCUCAUAGAUGAAAGAAAUCGACAUCAAAUCUAUACCUUUUGUACUAAUAGAAAAUGACAAGAACCUUAAAAUUUGAUGUAACGUGCAUGCUUGAAUGAGAAUGAAAAACAUUGUUCAUGAAUAAUUAUACAUCAAGAAAAAGAAAAAUGAUGAAUGGGAUUUCAAGUUAAUGAUAUUCUUGUAGGGGAUAGACGAAACUCUAUUUUUUAAUUAAACCUUACUCACCAAUUCAAAAAGGCAUCUCAUUUAACAUUAUAAGAGCUUACAAAUGGAGUGAAUUUGUAAUAUUAAAAUUAGAGAUGAAACACUAAUUGCAAUAAAUGAUGAUAUUAGUAUAAUGUAGUUUUUCCUUCACAAGUGGAACCUUCUCUUCUCUCUCAGAUGCAGCAGCCUUCCGAGAAACACCUCAUGUGCAGCAUUCAUAUUUUACUCUUUAAUUUUUCAACAUAAUCAAAUCUAAUGAACUCUGCAAAUCAACACAACUUUGACUAGUGCUCACUAACAUGUGAACUCACAUGGACUCAGUCUCCUGAGGCAUAUCUCAGUUGUGACAGUCUAUAUCUUAUUUUAAACCUCAACGAAGUCUCUAGGCCAUCGCUGCUUCCCUCUUUUACCACAAAAGGCAUCAACACACCUCCUAGUCUCACAUACCUCAACAGCUUAUAAGCUCCCAACAAAUAAGUUCCUCGACUCGAACUUUUUUUUUUUUAUAAUCUUGUAUUGGAGCUUAUAUGCUUUCCAAAAUAAACUUAGCCAAACACCCUCUAAUUUAGUCUAAGAAUUGGAUUGCUUCACCACAAAAACUGGCCUUGAAGCUUUCAAGAUCAAAUUACAAGUUUCAACCAAAAAAAGUAGGUAAAAAAAAUUAAAAAAAUGUCUCGUGUUUGGGUUGAAACAAUUGUUGUUUAUGGUGUGGUAAAAACAGAUAUAUAUAUAUAUAUAUAUAUAUAUAUAUAUAUAUAUAUAUAUAUAUAUAUAUAUUUGUUUAAGAGAAUCGAGAGGUGUUUGCACGUGGGUUGAAGAGUGCAAGUAGAUGAGCUACAGCUAGCCCCAUUACAAUAUGUCUCAUUGCAGCCACCUCCUUUAUUUGAUACCAAAUACAGCAUACUCUAUAUAUACACUAACACCAUCUAUUCAUCUUCAAUCAUCACUCAUAAAAUGGCUUCCAAAGCUGUGCUUCUUCUCCUUGCCUGCUUUCUUUUUAUCAACACUAAGGUUUCAUCAGAUGAGGAAGAAAGAUUCCUCACCGAGGCCGGUUCAGGUUACAAGCCGGCGCCGCCACCGUCUCCGUGUCCACCCCCGCCUCCGGUAGUCAAGGCGCCGGCACCAUCACCCCCUCCGGCGGUGAAGGCACCACAACCACCAGCAGCUCCUCCGCCACAACCACCAACAGCUCCUCCGCCGCAACCACCGAGGAACAUGCAUGAAUGCGUUCCGCUGUGUGUGGUUCGGUGCAAAAAUCAUUCAAGAAAGAACAUCUGCUUGAGGGCGUGCCUGACUUGCUGCAAUAGAUGCAAAUGCGUGCCGCCGGGGCAGUACGGCAACAAGGAGAAAUGCGGCACAUGCUACGCCAACAUGACCACCCGCGGCGGCAAGCUCAAGUGUCCUUGAAUUCCAUUAAUUAAUAUAUCCCUUUUCUUUUAUUUCAUUCAUCAUUAAUGAAUAAUGAACGAUGCUUAAGAUUAUUAAGGUAUGAUCUUCUUGCACGUCAUUGUUUAUUCUGUUUGAGAUUGAAUUAAAUGAAGCUAUCUUGUUGUUUAA